UUACAGGGUGUUUUAAGUGGUGGUGUCCCAUCCUUUCAGGUUGUUGGCCUGAAGUAGGACUAAAUCGAUUUAAAUAGUGGAGUAUGGCAUACAUUUCUUUUAUUUUUAUGUGUAUUUAUUUUUUAGUCAUGUAGUGUUCGAUUCUAGGGUAUUUGUUUUAUUUAUUAUUUUUUUCAAGCAAAGUAUAAUUGAGUUUUACUCCAGUCUAGUAGGUGGCGGUAAUGCAACAUUUAUUGGAUGCCAACCUCCGUUAAACCUCAUUCGAGAAGACACCCUCUCCUGGCUGGUUCAUCUAAGGCCUUUGAGAGCCAAAAGAUGAUGAUUGUCUUAACCCCACAACAGGCAGUGACACCCUGAAGAAAAUAGGACAGUGAGUGGUCCCCCUGUGUGUAAUCUCCCAGAGGACUCUAGGAGUCUGCCACUUGCACAGGAAAAUGGAGCCCCCCCGAAUGGCCCCAAACUCGAGAGCCCGUAUCCAAAGCUGAAUUACAAAGAAGAUUGUGAUUUUUCCCCCCCAAGUAUGUCAACAGAAAAACGAAAGAAAAUCAUUUUAUCCUAAAUGUUUUAAUAUCAUUUGAUUUCAAUAAUUUCAGACACCCCCAAGCUCUGGUUGCAUAGCACCGCGAGGAGGUGUAGGAGUGGCUUGCUUGCUAAACCAGCUACUAUACCUAGUUAGCAGAGGUCUGAAAUUGUCGCAGCAAUUUUGCUUGUGCCUCAAACACUGUGCCAUCCAAACCACUCCCAUGUGACCUUUAACAGUCCUGCUGAAUAGGAGAAAUGAGGACCAUUUGUGAGUGAGAUAUCCCAUAAACACUCCUGGACAGGUUUGCAUUGGUGAGAUGGAUUUUCUCCAGGCAUUGACUCACCUAGCCUUGUAUUCUGAAGAAAUUGGUGUGUAUCAGUGAUGUGCCAUGGGGUAUGACGUCACCAGGUUCCAUGGGGAGGUGGAUGAAGACCUGCUGUGUCCCAUCUGCAGCAUGGUACUGGAGGAGCCAGUGCAGGCCCCACACUGUGAGCAUGCCUUCUGCAACGCCUGCAUCACCCAGUGGUUCAACCAGCAGCAGAUCUGUCCUGUGGACCGCAGCGUGGUGACACUGGCUCACCUCCGGCCCGUGCCCCGCAUCAUGCGCAACAUGCUCUCCAAACUCCAAAUCGCUUGUGACAACGCUGGCUUCGGCUGCACAGCCACACUGCGGCUAGAUCAACUGCAGUCUCACCUGAAGGACUGCGAGCACAACCCAAAAAGACCUGUCAACUGUGAGGAGGGCUGUGGGCUGGAGAUGCCGAAAGAUGAGAUGUGCAACCACAACUGCAUCAAGCACUUACGUGGCGUGGUACAGCAUCAGCAGACCAAGAUCUCUGAACUAGAGAAGAAUGCUGCAGAGCACAAACACCAGCUGGGAGAACAAAAACGGGACAUCCAGCUGCUAAAAGCAAACAUGAGAGCAAUACGCAGUGCAAACCCUAACAUGCAGAACCUGGAGGAGAGCAUUGAAUACAACGAGAUCCUGGAAUGGGUCAACUCCCUCCAACCUGUGCGGGUGACGCGCUGGGGAGGGAUGAUCUCCACGCCAGACGCAGUUCUCCAGGCGGUCAUCAAGCGUUCACUCAUCGACAGCGGCUGUCCUCUGUCCAUCAUUAACGACCUGAUUGAGAAUGCCCACGAAAGGAACUGGCCACAGGGCCUGGCCACGCUGGAGACGCGGCAGAUGAACCGGCGCUACUAUGAAAACUACGUGGCCAAGCGGAUCCCUGGGAAACAGGCGGUGGUGGUGAUGGCCUGUGAGAACCAACACAUGGGAGAGGACAUGAUCCUAGAGCCUGGCCUGGUCAUGAUCUUUGCCCAUGGAGUGGAGGAGAUCUUAUAAGUAGAUCUUAUAAUAAACAAACACUAGGAGCAGGGGGGUCUAGCAUGGCAGAGAGGAGGGCAAACUAGACAUUUUGAUUCGCGAGUUAGUUACUCCUCUCUAAAAAAAAAUAUUUAAAAAAAAUACUCCCCUUCUCAAUUGAAUGGUAAUUAUGGGUCUAUUUCUUAUGACAGUUGAUAUGUCAGUUUUUGUCUCUAAAGAUAAGUGGGUGUAGGGGAAAUGAAAAGAUCUCAAUGGCUCCUAAAAUGAACAGAAGAGUAUUACUUACAUAUGAGCUUAUUUAAUAUCUUUGCCUUAAAAGGACAUUUCCAAAAAUACACCUGGAAAAAGAACUUAACUGAUAAUUCCCAGGAUAUUCUAAGAUGGAAUGUUUGAGUCGCAUAAUAAAAAGCUAUGAUCUCCUAGGCUUCUCUGGUUCCCCCCAUCCUACACCUUGUACUAUGUAAAUGAAAUCAUAUAAAAAAAUAUUGUAAAUACAAAUAUUAUAUUGAAAAAAAUACACAUUCUCUAGCUAUUCUUGUUAUACAGUAAUUAGACUAUGUGAAUUUUGUCAGUUGGCAUCCAUGUGUUUCAGGAUGCUGCUCUGGACAUUUUGCUCACUUCAGCAUUGUUUUUUUGCUAAUCAUGUCAUGACAGUUGUACGCCAUGAUGUUUUGCUUCUCGUUUAUUACUUUUUUGUUGUGCCAUGCAUUUUAUUUAUAGAUUUUGAAGACGUGCUGGGGCGGGAUCUCCACGCCAGACGCAGUAUGCUUGAAGAUGUUUUUUUGUGUUAUGAAAAUACAUUUGUCAUUUUAGAAAAUUGAAGCUCAUUGUUCAUUGCUUCUGUUGUACUUAGUGAACAUGAAGUUGGGUCCAAUUGACGUUAAACCAUUGGAAUGUAACAUUGUGUAGCUUUACCCGUUUUAUUUUGUAAAUGGUUGAUGAUUGUUUGUGUUGAUAUUAAUUGACAAUUUCUUAUUUUUACCAAACUAUUUUAUCUAAAAGCUUUGAAUUACUGAAUGAUAGUGACAAACGACAAGGGACUUGAUCUAAAGACAUGCAGUCGAAAACAACCAUGUGGAAAUCUAACUUCAAUGCUACUUCGUUAGUGUCACCAUAAUGAGAUCAAUUUGGAUUUAGUUUUUUUGUCAUUUUGUGUCCUUUUAUCUUUUGUGCUGUGGGGUAAAGAUGAAGGAAAAAAUGUAAUUGUGAUCUUGAUUGUCAUCAUGGUACAGUACUGCAUGGCUUUUUUCUUAUGCCAUUGAGUCAUUCCUACAUGCAGGGCCUCUAUACAUCAUGAUUUCUGAUGAUUAGCACUCUAAGCAGCAGCCUAUCUGGCAAUGCUCUCUCCGUCCACCCACACAAACACCCACAUGGUCAGACAUUGUGCUUGUCUACAGCAGCAGUGUCUAGUGAGCUCUUGCCAGCAGCCCAUACUCUAUUGAGGACUUUCCUUUUAAAUCUUUCCCUUUGUUGUGAAUGGUUGGAAUAUCAUGUGAUUUGCCAAAGGGCAUGCUUUUGUUAUUGUGCCUGAAAAUCAUCUGGUAUUAAAUGAUCUAAUGGAUUGAGA